AUGUCUAAUCCAGUCUCGAGUGGCUCCAACGGGGGCGGGCUUAACAUCAGUUUCAAUGAUUCUGCUAAUUCAAACGCUAGUAGUAGCGCUGGUACUAAUCAGCCGCCCAAAAGUCCAAAUGCUAAUUUGAAUGCUUCUACUAAUUCGAGUUCAAGUAAUAAAGAGAUCAUUAGUGAUUUGAACCAAUCUCAGGAUUCAGAGUCGGCUAAGUUGUUGGAACUGGAAAGAAUACAAGGGGUCUUGAAUAGUGACGGGUCGUUGGAUUUGCUUCUAAACCGCUUGAAACAAAGUAUCACUACUGGAGAUGAAUUUGCUAAAUAUAUAAAGAAAAGAGCGUUGAUUGAAGAUGAUCAUUAUAACCAAUUGAAGAAAUUUGCUCUGAUCACUAGAACUUCAAUGAAGACAUCUCAAAAAAUUAAAAAUGAUUCUUUUAGUACUAAAUUAGAUCAAAUUAUUGAAUUUGAUGAAAAAUUAUUCAAUGUUGGUUCUUCAUACGUCAAGGCUUUAAACGUUAUGUAUGAUGAGUUAAGUUCUUUAUGUCAAACCAUUAGUAGGUCAAGAAAAUUGAUCAAAGAUGAAGGUAAAAGAAAAGAAAAAGAAUGUAUUGACUCUAUAAUGGCUGCUGAAAAGGCUAAACAAAAAUAUCAUCAUUUAUGUGAUGAUUUAGAAAAAUUGAAAACUUCUGAUCCAAAUAAGAAAUCUUUUUCUUUGAAAAAUAAGACGGUCGAACAACAAGAAGACGAUUUACAAAGAAAAGUAGAUUUGGCUGAUCAAGAUUAUAAAUCAAAAGUUAAUACUUGCAAGAAAUUAAAAGAUGAAAUGUUAAUGAUUCAUAGACCAACUAAUUCUAAAAAAUUGAAAAAUUUAAUCUUGGAAACUGAUAUUGCCUUGAAUGUUCAAUUACAAAAAUUCGCAACUUGGAAUGAAACUUUAAUUAUGAAUUCAGGGGUUUUAAUCAGUCCUUUACAAUCAAGUAAACAAUCAAUGAAAGCUUUGGCUUCCUCUAUUGAUAAUGAAAAAGAUUUAUAUCAAUAUUUAAUUAAAUUCGAAAAACAACCAACUAAUAAAUCAUUAGUACCAGUUGAUUACGUGGUUCAUCCUUCUUUAGCAAGAAAUCAAAAACCAAUUUCAAAUAAACCAUUUUUAAAUAAUAACUUACAACCAAAACAAGCAAAUAAUACCUUACCUUCUCCAAAUCGUAAUCAAGAUAUGUCAAAUAAUACCUCCAAUCAAACCAAACCAAUUGCAUCUCCAAAUCCUUCAUUUUACGAAAAUAAUCAUAAUUCCAACCAUGAUGAUCAAAGUAAUCUUACUUAUAAUUCAUUAGAUCCUGCUAGUAAUGCAAAUACUCCUGAUUUAAAUGGUCCUAAAUCUUUGACAAGUCAAAUGAAUCAUUUGUCCCAACCCACCUUUGGUGUAUCGAUUGAGGAUGUUAUACAAUUUGCCGGUAUAGACAACGUUCCCUUGGUUGUUAAAAAAUGUAUUGAAAUCGUUGAAUCUUAUGGUUUGGAUAUCGAGGGAAUCUAUAGAACAAGUGGUAAUAAAGCAACAGUACAACAUUUAAGAGAAUCUAUCGAUAAUAAAUUCACUAAUUAUCUUUUAAUUGGCAGCAAUAUCGAUCCUUCAAAUAUAUUGGAUGCAGAUAUCUAUUGUGUUGCAUCUUUAUUGAAACUUUAUUUGGCUUCUUUACCAGAACCAUUAUUAACAAGAGAAUAUUAUCAAUCUUUUAUCGAAACCGUUAAAGCUUCUGAUGAAACAUAUAUCGCUAAAAAAUUACAUCAUUUGGUCUUCAAUUUACCAGAUGGUGCAUACUUCACUUUAAGGGCUUUGAUUUUCCAUCUCAAUAAAGUUGCCGCUCAUCAGCAUCUAAAUAGAAUGUCAGCAAAAUCUUUGGCCAUCAUUUGGGGACCGGCACUUUUAAAUGAUAAUUCAAUGAGCCCUCAAGAUUUGAGCUAUAAGAGUAAAGUCGUUGAAGAAUUAAUGUUGAUUGCUAACGAAAUUUUCGAUACUGAAGAUUAA